CCCUGUGCGUUCAGAGGAGGUAUCAGCUGCUGGCAGGAGGAGAGAGCGACGAGGAGGAGCGGAAGAAGAGACAGCAGACCUACAGUGCAGGCGACCAUUCCUUCACUGCUGGUGUCAUUUUCACUGCCAGCCACCUGCAGAAAAAACGGUCCUUUUGCUGCUGAUUAUUAUCUUUUUUUUUUUUUUUUUGAAUUAUUUCUCCCCAAGAAGGUGUCCAAUAUGUGUCGGAUCUAACAUCUCCGGCGAGGAGAACUAGGAAUAUCAGACUCCUUUGGUGGAUGUGGACACUUAAACUGUGGACAUGGAAAAGAUAGUGAAUUUAUCCCUCUCAGUUCUGCUGGUUUUAUGGGGAUGCGCGCUUGGAGGCUCGCCCAGCGUUCAGAUUGGGGGACUCUUUCCAAGGGGCGCGGAUCAAGAGUACAGCGCAUUUCGGAUAGGGAUGGUUCAGUUUGGCACUUCGGAAUUCAGACUGACGCCUCACAUUGACAACCUGGAAGUGGCGAACAGUUUUGCUGUAACAAAUUGUUUCUGUUCGCAGUUCUCGAGAGGAGUGUACGCCAUUUUCGGAUUCUAUGACAAGAAGUCUGUCAACACCAUCACAUCAUUUUGCGGGACACUCCAUGUCUCCUUCAUCACGCCCAGCUUCCCUCUGGAUGGGAAUCAGCAGUUUAUCAUCCAGAUGAGACCUGAUAUCAAGGGGCCCCUCCUCAGCCUUAUCGAGUACUACAAGUGGGACAAGUUUGCCUACCUGUAUGACAGCGAUCGAGGCCUGACAACGCUGCAGGUUGUUCUGGACACAGCAGCAGAAAAGAAGUGGCAGGUGACAGCCAUCAACGUGGGGAACCUGAAAGAUGAGAGGAAGGAUGAGGCCUACCGCUCGCUGUUCCAAGACCUGGAGAACAAGAAGGAGAGGAGAGUGAUCCUGGACUGUGAACAGGACAAAGUAAAAGACAUCAUGGAGCAGGUCAUCACAAUUGGCAGACAUGUUAAAGGCUACCACUACAUUAUAGCCAAUCUGGGUUUCGUUGAUGGAGAUCUAUCCAAAAUCCAGUAUGGUGGUGCCAAUGUGUCGGGCUUUCAGAUUGUUGACUUUGAUGAUCCUUUGGUGUCCAAGUUUGACCAGAGAUGGGAAGCCCUGGAGGAAAAGGAGUAUCCUGGUGCCGACAGUAAAAUAAGGUACACAUCUGCGUUGACUUACGACGCCGUGCAGGUGAUGACGGAGGCUUUCCGAUACCUGCAUAAACAACGUAUCGACUUCACCAGGAGGGCCAACAAUGGCGACUGCCUGGCCAACCCUGCUGUGCCCUGGGCUCAGGGAGUGGAGAUCGAGCGAGCACUGAAACAGGUGCGCGUGGAAGGCCUGACAGGAAACAUCCAGUUUGAUCAACAUGGCAAGAGAGUCAACUACUCAGUGAAUGUAAUGGAAUUAAAGAGUAAUGGUCCAGUAAAGAUUGGAUACUGGAAUGAGGUGGACAAAAUGGCUGUAACCAAAUCUGAUGUCUUCUCAAAUGAAUCGACAGGAAUGGAAAACAAAACAGUUAUUGUCACCACCAUCUUGGAAGCUCCGUAUGUAAUGCUGAAAAAGAACGCUGACCUUUUUGUCGACAAUGAACGCUACGAGGGUUACUGUGUAGAUCUGGCUGCGGAGAUAGCAAAGCACUGCGGCUUCAAAUAUCAACUGAAAAUAGUGGGGGAUGGGAAAUAUGGAGCCAGAGAUGCAGAAACCAAAAUCUGGAACGGGAUGGUUGGAGAGUUAGUGUAUGGGAAAGCAGAUAUUGCCGUGGCUCCUCUGACCAUCACUUUGGUAAGAGAGGAGGUGAUCGACUUCUCCAAGCCCUUCAUGUCUCUGGGAAUCUCCAUCAUGAUCAAGAAGCCUCAAAAAUCCAAACCAGGAGUGUUCUCUUUCCUGGAUCCACUCGCCUAUGAGAUCUGGAUGUGUAUCGUCUUUGCCUACAUCGGCGUCAGUGUGGUGCUGUUCCUCGUCAGCCGCUUCAGCCCAUACGAGUGGCACACUGAGGAAUACGAGGACGGGCAAAUCCAGACCAAUGAGUCAACCAACGAGUUUGGCAUAUUCAACAGCCUGUGGUUCUCUCUUGGAGCCUUCAUGCGACAAGGCUGUGACAUCUCACCAAGAUCUCUGUCUGGGCGUAUUGUUGGUGGUGUCUGGUGGUUCUUCACUUUAAUCAUCAUCUCCUCCUACACGGCUAACCUGGCUGCUUUCCUGACUGUCGAGAGGAUGGUGUCUCCUAUUGAAAGCGCAGAGGACCUGGCUAAACAGACUGAGAUAGCCUAUGGCACUUUGGACUCUGGCUCUACUAAAGAGUUUUUUAGGCGCUCAAAAAUUGCCCUCUUUGACAAAAUGUGGACGUACAUGCGCAGUGCGGAGCCCUCUGUGUUUGUGAAAACCACAGCAGAGGGGGUUCUGAGGGUCCGCAAGUCCAAGGGGAAGUAUGCCUACCUGCUGGAGUCCACCAUGAACGAGUACAUUGAGCAGCGAAAGCCCUGCGACACCAUGAAGGUGGGAGGCAACCUGGACUCCAAAGGCUACGGGAUCGCCACGCCGAAAGGAUCCUCAUUAAGAACACCAGUAAACCUUGCGGUAUUGAAACUCAGUGAGCAAGGCGUCUUAGACAAGCUGAAAAACAAAUGGUGGUACGAUAAGGGUGAAUGUGGAGCCAAGGACUCUGGAAGUAAGGAGAAGACGAGCGCCCUCAGCCUGAGCAACGUGGCUGGGGUCUUCUACAUUCUGGUCGGAGGACUCGGUUUGGCCAUGCUGGUGGCCUUGAUUGAGUUCUGUUACAAGUCCCGAGCCGAGGCGAAACGAAUGAAGAUGACUUUCGGGGACGCCAUGAGGAAUAAAGCAAGACUUUCCGUCACUGGGAGUACUGGGGAGAAUGGUCGGGUGAUGACUCCAGAGUUUCCUAAAGCUGUCCACGCUGUCCCUUACGUGAGACCUGACAUGGGACUAAACGUCAGCCUGACAGAUCUGUCCUGAUCAAUGAGAAACUUCUGAGUGCCUUACAAUGGUUUCAAUAGAGCGAUUUUUUUUUUUCUCCUCCUCCCCUCCCUCCUUCUGUUCUGGCACUUUUUCUCUCUCUGUCUGGUGAAAGAGGAAAGGUAGGAGAUGGAGUCUUCAUUUUGUCUCUCACAAAGACUUGUGUUGUUGCUCUCUGUCUCGAUUUUGCACCAUAUAAAACGCCUCCCUCUCUGGGUGGAGUCACAUCUCGGAAUAUAAAAAGGGAGGCUCCUUUGUUUUCUAAACUGACGACACCAUGCUUUCCUAUCAAUCUGUCUGGACUGGACUGAGGUGGAAACGAGGGCUUGAUUGACGGCAAUGGCUGCUUCUGGGAGUCAGAGUUUCAGUCAUCUCAGUUGUGUUUGUCUGUGUGUGCGAGUGUGUGUGCGUGUGUAUGUGUGUGUGAAAGAGCAUGAGGGUGUGUGUGUCAGGGGAAGAUGUCGUCAAAAACACACUGUUUCUGUAGCCACCACCGCCAAACAGGAUUUUCAAGCACACUUGAUACCAUCUGCAUUAAGAUGUGAAAUUGUCCUUUUUUCUAAGAAAAUCUAAGAAAAAAAGUUUAUUGAAAAAAAAUAUUUUUAUGUAUUUUCACAAAAUAGCUUUUAAAUAAACUUGCUUACAUACUGGUUGGAUAUAAACAUCUUAAUGUGUGAGUAUAAAGAGAGAAAAAAUACUAAACAGCUUCUAGUUCCAUAUUUUUAAAGCCAAAUACAUUGCAUACGGGGGUGAGAUGCUGAAAUCAUGUAAUUAAUUCCUAUUCUAAACUUUCCUGUAUAUUUUAUUCUUUAACAUUUGGUGUUGAUAUUGAAUAUAUGUCAAUGCUUGACAUUUGGAAUCAAUCCUUCUAUGUUUUUCUUGUUAGAGUCGGUGCAGCGAUUUUUGCUUUUCACUUUUGUCUCUUCGUUUGCUUCAGUGCUUUUGCUGUUUGUAUUUUUUCUGACGAAGACCAGGGUUGAUGUUCUACUCAACGGAAAUUAAUCUGUUUACACGCCAUGAAUGCAAAACAUAAAAACAAAAAAUAGUAUGGUAUGGUAUUCUCGCAUCACAUUUUGAACGACAUCAAAAAGAGGCAUCAACAUCCACAUGGUUUAUGUGGUGGUUUAAAAUGCCAAAUAAGUAAGAGUGCCAAAUUCUAGUGCCAGUAGAUAUGAAUAUAGUCUUAAUAUAAUCAAUCACUGUCAUCUCAGUGAAUGUAAAUGAUACAUUCUGUAACUUUUGUAACUAGCUGUACAGUUGGUGGCAAUGACAGUGCUAAUACAAUAGCCUUUUCGCUUUGUUUUCCAGUCUCCAUGUUUUUUUGCAUUGAUCUGACAAUGAAGUAGCACCAGUUGCAUGUUGUUGCCGCAAAUACUACAUGAGUUUAUUUCAUUACUGCCAAACAUGCGUUUUCAUUUUAAUGUUGAAGUUGUGAGGUUAACUGUUUGAAGUUGGAAAUACAAUGUUAGACAUAUAUACAGUAUAAACAUAUAUACAUAUAUUUUAUAUAAAAAGUUGAAAUAUGAAAAAUUAUAGCCCUUUUGCAUUAAAGCGUUAAAGCUAUUUUGUUUCCAUUAAAUAAUAAAUUUGAUUAUUAUUUGAUAAUUCAGAAAAUACAGGGGGUUAUUCUUUUUUGUUUUUGUUUUUUUUCAGUUAACUGAUCUACCAUAAGUUAUACCGAUGACCACUUCUAAUUAUUAGAUUUAUUUUAUGUUUUUUCCUGAAAUUGACCUAUGAAGAGCCCUCCACUACAACAAAAAGGGAGGUAAACUGUACUAUUAUUAUCACAGUUGUUUUUGUAAUCAACAUUAGAAACAUAUACCGUAGUUGCUUAUCAGUUUCAUCGCAUAUUCAGGCUAUUCUCACUGACAUUUUGUAUAUGGAAUGUGUGCUAACUUGUUUAUUUUUUGGGACUCUUUCUAAAUAAAAGUGGCUGAUCUCUUGUUAUCUUUCA